UCUCUACUAACAAUUACCAAAACAGAAAAAAAACAAAAGCACACAAAUUUUCAAAUCUUUCUUCUCUCUUCUCGCUCGUUCUCUCUCUGUUCCUUCGUAGAUCCCCUCUCUGUUUCCUUCCGUUUAGUCUUUUUCGAAUCUGAAGAUCUCUCUCCUUGUAUCGAAAAAAUGGGUGAGAACGCCAUCUCAGGGAAUCUCAAGAAUCUAACGAUUGAUACAAGAGAUUCAGAAACUCUUGUGGUUUGUUUCGGUGAGAUGCUGAUUGAUUUUGUUCCAACGGUGGGAGGUGUUUCACUGGCUGAAGCACCAGCUUUCAAGAAAGCUCCUGGAGGAGCUCCUGCUAAUGUAGCUGUUGGUGUCUCUAGACUUGGUGGCUCUUCUGCUUUCAUUGGAAAGGUUGGUGAUGAUGAGUUUGGAAGAAUGUUAGCUGAUAUUCUAAGGCUGAACAAUGUCGACAACUCUGGAAUGAGAUUUGAUCACAAUGCAAGGACAGCUCUCGCCUUUGUCACGUUAAGAGCUGAUGGAGAGAGGGAGUUUUUGUUCUUCAGGCACCCUAGUGCUGAUAUGCUUCUCUUGGAAUCUGAGCUUGACAAGAACCUCAUCAAAAAGGCCAAGAUCUUUCAUUACGGUUCUAUCAGUUUGAUUGAGGAGCCUUGCCGUUCCACUCAGCUUGCAGCUAUGAAAAUCGCUAAAGCUUCAGGGAGUCUCUUGUCUUAUGAUCCGAAUUUGAGAUUGCCGUUGUGGCCAUCAGAAGACGCUGCAAGGAAAGAGAUCAUGAGUAUUUGGAACUUGGCAGAUGUUAUAAAGAUUAGUGAGGACGAGAUCACAUUCCUGACUGGUGGAGAUGAUCCUUAUGAUGAUGAUGUGGUGUUGCAAAAGCUCUUUCAUCCCAGUCUCAAGCUUCUCGUUGUUUCAGAAGGACCUAAUGGCUGUAGAUACUACACUCAGGAGUUUAAAGGUAGAGUUGGUGGAGUAAAAGUGAAGCCUGUUGAUACAACCGGUGCAGGAGAUGCAUUCGUGAGCGGUCUGUUGAACAGCUUAGCUUCUGAUCUCACUAUUCUCAAGGUACUUACUUACUCACCUUCUGAUCUCACUCUUCUCAAGGAUGAGAAGAAACUAAGAGAGGCACUUCUAUUCGCAAACGCUUGUGGAGCCAUUACAGUAACAGAGAGAGGAGCGAUUCCAGCUAUGCCUAGCAUGGAUGCUGUUCAAAACCUUCUAUCUUCUUCUUCUGCUCCUCGCUCCUAAAAUGCUUCCACAAGUCUCUCUCUUUUGAGUGUAUCAAUUCAUUACCUUUUACUGUGUUUUUUCUUUGUUUUUUUCCCCAGUUUGUAGGAACUCAUAAAUGUUGUGUGUGUGUAUGUUCUUUUAGUUUGUUGAUCUCCCGGAGUUUUAGUAUUGGGGUGGUUUGGUUUUAUGUUUAAGUUAGGUUCUUCAAGACUCUACAUACAACUUACAAGGAACAACAAAUAUUUCUCAUUUUGUAAA